GAGCAACACAAAGAAAUUUUUCCAACGUCGAUCAUUUUCAAGAUGCGCUCGCUAUUUGCAAUUUAUUUCAUUGUAAAUGUUCUCGCACUGUUCGCUGUUUUGGUCCGCGCCAGACGUCAAUCCUGUACCGCCAAUCAUUGCGGCAAGAUCGGCAAAGACAUUAAGACGCUUCAAACCGAAGUUAAAAAUCUUAUUGCGCUGGUGAAGGACGCUUUGCCCCCGAAGCUUCCAGUCUGUCCCUUCUCUUCUUGCAAGGAGCAGUACGACAUAGGGAAGUCGAGACGAAGCCAAGUGUACCCGCUGAUGUUUGGUUCACAAAAGAUUCCUGUCUACUGUUACAUGGGAAACUUUGGAUGUGGCGGUGGAGGAUGGACGCUGGCCAUGAAGAUAAACGGCGCAAAGAGAACCUUCCAUUACGAUUCCCAUUUCUGGAGGAACAGAAAUGUCUACCAUCUUGCAGGAGGCAAGACUGGCUUUGACUUCCAGGAGACAAAGUUACCUACCUAUUGGAACACACCCUUCUCCAAGAUCUGCCUCGGUAUGAAGAUCGGUCAUCAGCUCAGGUUUAUUUUGAUCAACCGGCACGCCAACUCACUGUUCUCACUGAUCGCUGAUGGGAAAUACCGCACCACCUCAUUGGGUCGUAACACGUGGAAGACACUGAUUGGUUCACAGGCCUCAUUGCAGCCUCACUGCAAUAAGGAAGGAUUCAAUGCGGUGGGACACAAAUCUUAUGACCCCAAAGCAAGAAUCGGCAUCACCGCUAACCAGCAGAAUGACUGUUCUUCCUGUGACUCCCGAAUUGGUUUUGGCACAGGAGGUCUACAUGAUGACUCCAACACUUGUGGAAAUGAGGCAACGUACUCGCCAGAUAAUGGCAACAAGCACAUCAAAGCCAUGGGGUAUAUCCUGGUACAGUGA